AUGGCUGCCGGCGAUCCGGGCAACACCUGCCGCGUCCGCAAGAUCAAAUGCGACGAGGCUCUGCCCGCGUGCCAACGUUGCCGCAAGGCUCAGCGAUACUGUGAUCGCACCAUUCCGCUCCCACAACUCAACACGAGCCAGGAGGAUACAGCAAAGCCCGACAUCGCCACAAACGAGCCACAGGGUCUCUUCCCACCGCCAACAAACCCCCGCAAAGCCCUCCAGAACCCGUCCAUAGCACGCUACUUUUCCCACUACAUCGCCGGCAUCGCGCCGUGGUACGAUCUCAGCGAUGCAUCCCUCACUUUCGCCACCAGUCUCCCCGAAGCCGCCCUCGACAGCCCGCUGCCCUUUGCCGCCAUCUUGGCACUAUCCGCGGUCCACACAAGCCGGACGACCGCGCCGUCUGCCAGAGCGGCGGCCGAGUUCUACCAUGGCCACUGCGUCCGCUUGCUGAUUGACCUGAAGACAGAGGAGUACGACGAUGACGAGCGAACGCAGGGGCUUGCGCUGGCUUCCGUCUGCCUUUUAAGGUCGUAUGAGAUUUUGAGUGAAGAGGUCGAUCCAAAUAGGCACCUCCAGGGGGCAUAUUCCCUGGCAGCAUACAGCACCCUUCAGACCGACGCCCUUGGGUCCGGCCUCCGAGCAGCAGGCUUCUGGAACUACCUCCGUGAAGACAUCACCUUUAGCUUAUUCAGAAGAUGCCCCCUCAAGAUGGAUCUUGCUCAGGUCCCGCUAGCCCUUCUGAUGACGGGUCAAAGUACUGAUCAUGACCGUCUCAACGCCGUCACUCUCAUUCUGGGCCGCAUCAUCAAUGCAUGCUUCAUAGAUUCAGGCUCGAACUCAGUCACAGAUGGAUCGUGGUCCGAUCUAUUCCAGCUGCUAUGUGAAUGGCGUAAAGGUCUACCGACAAGGUUUGAACCCUUCUCCACGGUUGACCGCGGUCUCGGCCUCGCCUUGCCAUCCAUAUGGCUGCUCAGAGAUCAUCACGCGGCGACCCUGCACUACCAACUCGUCGCCAUAACAAUACUCUGCAUCCAUGCAAACCCGCAACAGCUAUCGGAUCUUCAAAGCACACUAGACGACCGUGUCAGCACGCAAGACACAAGAAAUAACAUUCUCGAGCUCCUCACACUUGAUGUUUGCGGCGUGGCCUUCACCGCCAACACGCCCUCUGUCCAAGUCAACGCCUUUGGCCCUAUUGCAUUCUGCGCACGAUUCAUCAGAGCAGAAGCCUCGCGACAGGAGCUGAUCCGCCGCCUCUUGGCGUGUAAACGGACAAUCGGCUGGCCCGUCCAGAGACUCGUCUCGGACUUGGAGGCGGGAUGGAGGGGUUCACCACGGCCGCCGCUCGCAGCAGCAGAAACAGACAACGAAUGA